AACGAACAUUCGACAUUGACUAAUUUUAUAUAAAAAAGCUAGACGUUUAAAAAUUCUGGUAGUAAAAAUUCUAUUAUUUUGAAAAUGCCAGGCAAUCAAGCUAAAAAGCCGCUGAGGCAACAAAGCGUUAAGCGCAAAUACCAGACGCAACAGACGAAGCGCCGCAAGCGUACCGCACAGCAAAAUUAUCUGAAACAUAAUUAUAUAACGGUUAAGCAGGAGGCAAAGCCAAUUAUGCGACGCGUGUGGCGCCGCACAGUGGUGCAGCUAAAGCCAAAGCCCAAGGUGCGAGUGCCACGCCUGUUUCGCAUGGAUAUUAACACUGGACUGCCGCUGGAUUACGAACGCAACGUGUCCAAGAUUAUGAGCUAUGUAAAUCCGCAUUUCGCUCGGCCCCCCAAUCCCGAUCAGGUUAUCGAGCAGUUGCUGACGCAGGCAUUAGCUAAUAUUGUUGGACGUGGCGGCGACUUUGCGGCGGAGAACAUACGCAGCGAAAUACUCAAGAGCAUGCGUCAACACACGGCAAUGGCAAAAAAGCCGAGCGCCAACAAGCAGCGAGCCAAUUAUGAGCUGCAGCAAUUUCACAACGCUUGCAAACGUGCUCCAGCCGCUGAGCAACAGGACGAGCUGCCAGCUCCAGCGCCCAGUCGAAAGCACAAGCUGAUGUAUAAACAUUUAUUGAAAGUUGUACAUUGAACUGACGACUUAUUGGACUCGUGAAUCGCGUUUUGAAUAUUUGAGAAAUAAAAGUUAAUUUCGGCCUAAGCUACUAAGUUGAGACUUGAG